UGAGCGCAGUGCAGGAGAAAACACCAGCGCGAUAAAGGGCGAGGCAAGCGUGCACACAAGUGCAGUGCGGGCGUGUGCGCAGGUGAAUUUGUGUCUUCAUCUCUCGGAUCCAAAGCAGCAUCAUGCCAAAGUGUCCCAAAUGCCAGAAGGAGGUCUACUUUGCGGAGAAGGUGACGUCGCUGGGCAAAGACUGGCACCGGCCGUGUCUGAAGUGUGAAAAAUGUGGCAAGACGCUGUCAUCCGGCUCCCACGCUGAGCAUGAUGGCAAACCGUACUGCCACAACCCAUGCUAUAGCGCGCUGUUUGGACCUAGAGGGUAUGGACAUGGCGGAGCAGAGAGUCAUGCUUAUUGAAUAGUGGACUUUUUGUAGUCCUGCCGCCGUCUUCAUCCAGUGGACAUUCAUGCAAAUAAAAGACUUUUUGGUGUGUGACAAACUGCUUUCAGUCUCCUUUUAUACGACAUGUUUGCAUCAACCUUGUAACCAUUUAAUUUGUAAACUAUCAUUUAUUAUAUUAUACUAUAUGAAUAUAUACAUACACACACACACAUAUAUAUAAUGGUUUUCAUUAGCAUUCCAAAUUUUAGAUAUUUUUUCAUAUUAAAUAUAACCAUUUAAUUUUUAUAUUACAUAUACUGUAUGUGUAUUUUAUACUCAACUUCCUGUGAUAUAUUUAUUGUAUUUUAUUGUUAUGGUAUAUAUAAAAAUAUAAUUGUAACUGUUAUUGACUUUAUAUUGAAUGUGUUACAUGUAAUUAAUUAUUAUAUAUUUUUAUAUAUCUGUAUAUCAAUCAAUUUUAAAAAAUGUUAUUUAACCAUUUAUUAUUAUGGUAAUUAUAUGUGCAUUCUA